UCAUUUAAUUCUUAUCAGUAGGGAAACGGUUAGAGGUUUGUUUGGUCCUAAGAGAAUACAUGCCUGUUAGAAUAGCGAAAGUAUCCUUUGUCAUGCGUGCUGGGGAAAGCCGGUAAGAGCCGUCCGUUAAAGUUACUGUGUGAACUCACGCCUUGAUAGGAAUAGCUGUCUAUAUGCACUUUACACCCAGUACCUUCUUGUUUUUAGCAACAGCUGCUGUUUCUCCGCAUACCACAGGCAGCCUUUCACAGUGAGGACUGUGCUUCCCUGUACUAUGACUCCAUAUUUUUAAGAGGUGUAUUUUAAAGUCUUAUUCGAUGAAGAUAAAAUGCCUGUAUAAAAAUAAACAUGUUAUUGACUCCCACUCAGAUUCUUCAAUUCUUUGGAUUUGGGAGCUGUAUACUGAAUUCAGCCAGUUGUCUAAUGGAUGGAAUUAGCUCUUCCAGAGAAAAUAAUUAAUUAUGGCUUUUUAACUGUUUGCCCAAUAUUUAUCUUGUUAAUCGUUUAUUCAAACUUACUGCAGGAACUAGAGAUGCCCCGAUGUAGUAUAAAUGCACAUAGUUAAAGAGGUAGUUUUUAAACCCGCAAUUUCAUAGUUAAUUCUGUUCACUGGAAAUAAACCUAGAAGAUAGGAAACAAUUAAAAAAGAAGUGUCAAAACUGAUAUUAUACCAGUGCAAUUUACAAUAGCCAAAUAGUUGGCUAACACAUAACUUCAUCCCAAUUCCUGAGAAAUCUCUUUGUAUCUUUUUUUAAAACCGCACAGUUACCUACUUUGUAUAGGGCAAAUGCAUGGAGUAAGUUCUGUUAGUAAGUAGCCUCUCAUCACCCUAUCUGUAUGAUUUGUUUCCUUCCAUAUCAAUGUAAUCCGUGGGUAAACUGUAAGACAAUGUUUAUUUGCCAUAAGUUUAAAACUUGAACCAACCCUGACCUUAUUGAAUUCAGAAUUUGAAAGUGUUAACCUAGAACAAGAAGGAUGUUAACAUCCAUAGUGAAUGCUAACAUGUACUGGCUCCAUACAACUCAUAUCUAAGUCUGAUGUGGGACAUCUAAUAGUUCAAAGUAUUUGCAAAUGCUUAGUACUAACCUACUGAAUAUUUUAAGAUGUGUUUGGUCAUUUCAGUCCAUGUGUUAACAUGCAGUUUGGAAUAUUGAUGUACCAGCAAUAAAGAUGUGAUGCUUAUCUUGUUUUCUGAACAGAACUAAUACAGUAUUUUGAUGUAUCACAGGUAAAUUUUUCCAUAACCUUAUGGAGAAAAAGGACUUUGAAGCAUGGCUUGAUAACAUUUCUAUUACAUUUCUUUCUCUGACGGACUUGCAGAAAAAUGAAACUCUGGAUCACCUGAUUAGCUUGAGUGGAGCAGUCCAGCUCAGGCACCUCUCCAAUAAUCUAGAGAUUCUUCUCAAGAGGGACUUCCUCAAACUUCUUCCGCUGGAACUUAGUUUUUACCUAUUAAAAUGGCUCGAUCCUCAGACCUUACUCACAUGUUGCCUCGUCUCUAAGCAGUGGAAUAAGGUUAUAAGUGCCUGUACAGAGGUGUGGCAGACUGCAUGUAAGAAUUUAGGUUGGCAAAUAGACGACUCUGUUCAGGACCCUCUACAUUGGAAGAAGGUUUACCUAAAGGCUAUUUUAAGGAUGAAGCAACUGAAGGACCACGAAGCCUUUGAGACAUCCUCUUUAAUUGGACACAGUGCCAGAGUAUAUGCACUUUACUAUAAAGAUGGACUUCUGUGUACAGGAUCAGAUGACUUAUCUGCAAAACUGUGGGAUGUAAGCACAGGUCAGUGCAUAUACGGUAUCCAGACACAUACUUGUGCUGCAGUGAAGUUUGAUGAACAAAAACUCGUAACAGGAUCUUUUGAUAACACCGUAGCCUGUUGGGAAUGGGGCUCUGGGGCCAAGACACAGCAUUUUAGAGGACACACAGGUGCAGUUUUUAGUGUGGAUUACAACGAUGAACUUGAUAUUCUGGUCAGUGGCUCUGCAGACUUCACUGUGAAAGUAUGGGCCUUAUCAACAGGAACGUGCCUGAAUACCCUUACUGGACACACAGAAUGGGUCACCAAGGUAGUUUUGCAGAAGUGCAAAGUCAAAUCUCUUAUGCAUAGUCCUGGGGAUUAUAUUCUUCUAAGUGCAGAUAAGUAUGAAAUCAAGAUUUGGCCUAUUGGAAGGGAAAUAAACUGCAAGUGUUUAAAAACGUUAUCUGUUUCUGAAGAUCGCAGCAUCUCCUUGCAGCCCAGACUGCACUUUGAUGGUAAAUACAUAGUGUGCAGUUCAGCUCUAGGAUUGUACCAGUGGGACUUUGCCAGCUAUGAUAUUCUCAGGGUCAUCAAACCUCCUGACUUCUCAAACGUGUCCUUGCUGGGCUUUGGAGAGAUAUUUGCUCUACUGUUUGAUAACAGAUACCUGUAUAUAAUGGACUUGAGGACAGAAAAACUGAUAAGCCGCUGGCCUCUACCAGAGUAUAGAAAGUCAAAGAGAGGUUCAAGCUUUUUGGCUGGUGAAAUGUCUUGGUUAAAUGGACUAAACGGCCAAAAUGAUAUGGGCUUGGUUUUUGCCACCAGUAUGCCAGACCACAGUAUCCAUUUGGUGUUAUGGAAAGAACAUGGCUGAAAAGAUCACACAUGGCAGAAUCUUCAGGAAUAUAUGGACUAUCAGCAGUGUGUCCAUAAAAUAAGACUUUGCAUGAACCAAAGUUGCGCACCUAAUGGUAUCAUCAUGCAAUGCACAAUCACUUACUUUUAUUUGGGCAUUUGGGGAUGGGUUGUUUUUGACAUAAUGCAACACAGCAUGCUAACAAUAUUCACCACUAAAUUUUGUCUGUACUCAUGUUUAAGCAUACUUAUUGGGCUCUGAAGCAUAGUUUGUAAAGUUUAAACCAUUCAAAUCCACCAUUAAGUCUAAAAUGAAGUAGUAUUUGACCUGACUUCUGCCCUAUUUUUUGUUGUUGGAACAGAAGGUGAAGCUACUAUUUUAGAACAAUAGGCUUUUGUACACAUAACAGCAAGUACUGGUUACAGUGCACAGCUGUUGACCUCAAAUGAGAACAGAGCAGACCUGCGCACUCUCGCUCUCUCUCUCUCUCCCCCCAGUAUCAAUCUCUUCAGGACUUUUUUUUUUUUUCCCUUUAUGAUAGCUUUAAAUGCUUAGCCUUUGAAAUUGAGGACUCAAUUGAAUCCUUUAACUAGGAUCAGAUGCUAACAGUAAUAAUUUGUUUAAGCUCAGAAGUACGUUGAUGCAAGCUUUUCUCAGCCAGAAUGAGCCAACUUUUCAGGUACCUGAUAAAGCUUGCCAUGGCAACUAACCUUAGAGAACCUGUUACCAUAUUUCCUGAUGGUGCAAUUGGGACAGAAACAACUCAUUAACCCCACUGAUAAAUUCAUUGUGCUACUCUGGUAGCUGUUCAGUGGCACAAAUACUAAAGGAACAGUUUGGACCAUGUCUUGGUCAUCUCAUGAAAUACUCUUUCUACAGAGUUUUCAAUAUCUCACUCAAAGUGCUUUGAUCAGUAUUUCAUAGUCCAUGUUUCCUACAGAACGUAGCUUAGUUCAUCAGUAGGUGGAAUUAUAAUGAAAGGAAAGAUGAUCAAUCCCUACAGUAAGACUUGAUCUUUUACAUUAAAUGCAGUCUAGUAGCCAUUCACUUUUUCCAAAGAAUGCAGUUAAUAUAAUGAUGCGCUUAAAGUUGUUAAAUUUAGAUUGGAAAGCAGGGACAAAAAACAGGGUGACUGCCACGUCUCUGAGACUCAGAGUUCUGAAGAAGAAAAGAAAAGGCGUAGAAAAAGGUUUUUGGCUUUGAUCAGCUGUAGGAAAGCUCAUGUAAAGAUGAGUUAACCACUGAGAAGCAAAUAUUUAUCCACAUACUUCUGUCGAAUUUGACCUGUACCGAAAAGCUGUAUCUGUGACAUCUCAACUCCCAUGCUUUAGAAGUGUGUUGGGGUUUUCUGACAAUAAAGUCUCCCCUUAGUGUCUAUUUUUACACAACUGUAAAACAUAAGUUUGCCUGAAGAUUGACUCAGGUACCUGAAAAGAUAAAACUGCCUAUCGUAGAUACCGUUUAUAUGAUUUUUAUUGUCACAGGAUCAUCGGUGGAGACCUAGUUUCUUAAGUACUACUGAGUGAAAGCCCAGGUUCCCAAAGGUACACGGUAUAAAUUGCAGACAUGGGAGAGGAGUUUCUGUGUGCAAGAGUCUGUACUUGAGUGAUGUGACAGGAAGUGCAUGAAGUCACAGGGGAGCAGUGUCCCUUGAAUGCAAGGCUAGUGUCUUAAAUAUUGAGUUUUCCACCAGUAUGCACACAAACUUAUUUUGAGAAAGUGCCUGUAGUCAAGGAUUUUAAUCAAUUAGAAGCUGAAUUCACAGCUUUUGCUUCAAACCAUGCUGACAUGGGCACAGGUGAUGAUCUCUUCGAACUUUUACUGUAUCACUCAUAAGUGAAGAAAAUACACAUGAAACAAAAGGCUUUCAAUAACUUCUCAAAAUCCAGCUCUCAGCACUGUUAACAUGGGCAUAACCACACUGUGCAUAAUGUGUGCAGUAAAUCAGAUUACUUUAAAGGAGCUACAUUAACAUGGGCUAUCCAUAAAACAUUAUAUUAGCUUUGAAAGUUUAGUUAAGAAUCCUUCAUAGCAGGAAUUUAGACAGGAACAUGUCAGAAAUGUCCUUAUAACCAAAUUGAUUAAAUAUGGAUUAGAUAUGUGGACUGUAAGACAAGUGGACAAUUGACUGUACUGCCAGGCUCAUAGUGGUGAUCAGUGGUAGAAAAUCCAGCUGGCAACCAGUUACAGGUGGUGGUCCUCAAAAGCUAGUACUGGGGCCAAUAUUGUUUAACCUCUUUAUUAGUGACCUGGAUGAUGCAACAGGGUGCACUCUCAGCAAGUUUCUGGACAAUAUGAAAUUGGCUGGGAGAGGGGGCACCGUGGGAAGGGAAAGCCAUCAAUUUACUGAAGAGUAGGGAUGCUAUUCUGAGGGACCUCAACAAACAGGAGAAAUGGGCUGACAGAACUUCAUGAAGUUUAAACAAAGCAAAUGCAAAGUCCUGCACUUGAGAUACAACCAUGCCACACAACUGGACAGACUGAACAGCUUUACCGGAAAGGAUCUAGGCAUUCUGGUGCACAAAUUCAACAGGACUUGUGACAGAGACAGACAUCUGCACACUGAGCUGUACUAGCAAGUGCAUGGCCAGCAGGUCAGGAAGGGAUUCUUCCUCUCUGCUCAGCACUUGAGAUCACAUCUGCAGCUAUGUCUGAUUUUAAGCUCCCCAGUACAAAACAGACAUUAACAUACUGGAAGAAGUCCAGUGAAAGGCCACAGAGGUGGAGAAGGGGCUGAAGUACGCAGUGCCUAAGGAGAAGGUGUGAGAAGGCUGGGUUUGUCCAGCCUUCAGGAGAGAAUGGCAGGGAGGGGGAGUUAUCUUACUGCAGUCUCCAGCUACCUGAUAAGAGGACAGAGAGAAGACGAAGUCAGACUCCUCUCAGAGUCUUGCAGCAGAAGGACAAGGGCCAAUGGUCACAAAUUGCAAUGAGAAAUUCCAGCGAGCUCUAAUGAAGAGAAAUUUCCACUGAGGUAGUUUAUCUGGGCAACCUGUUCCACUGUUAGGUUGUGUGUCCAGCUUAUCUGGACAAAGACCAUCCUGCCUUAUGCCGCUUUGAGUGGGGAGUUGCACUGCAGACCUCCAGAUACUCCUUCUAAACUGUAUAGGCCUAUAAUUCUAAAUGGACCCCUCAGCAAGCAAAUUCCUUCCAUUGCAGCAGGUGCCUUUGACAUUACUACGGCUUCCAGAGUUUCCUAAUCUAUACCUUGGCAGAUGCUGCCACUGUGAAGCAGCUGUUACAGCUUGGUAAAGCUGUGACGUACUAGCGGAAAAGAGAUUCUGCUACAAGAAUUUCACAAGUUUCAGAAAUUUUUGAACAAUUUAAGAUCCCUAAAUUCUCCUUUUCUCUGUUGUGGCAGAGCAUGAAAGCAGAAAAGCAGGAUAAGAGGCCUCUGAUACACACUAUACCACUGUUCUACCCUUUCAGUUUUAUAAAACAAGGUUGAUGAUUAUUGCAGACAUGAUUACAAAGUUACUUGCAGACUGUUUCCUGAAGACUGCCAAAGAGAAGUUCCACAUGGACAUGUGCUAACUAAUGAUACUAAUCUACUAGUGAGAGAGCUUCAUAAGGACAUAAGCAUGUGCCGACACAAAACAGAAG